CUCGCGGGGGCGGGACGGCCCCCAGGACGCAGGGAUCCGAUCCUCGCCAAGCCGUUCCGGUCAGCAGCAGCCCCGUCGCUCCCCGGGCCCUGCCGCGCUGGGAAGCCCCAGUCCCCGCCAGCCCAGUCGCGCUGGCGCUUUAAGGUCGGGCGAGGCGGGCUGGGCGACAGCGCUAGACACCUGGAGCUGCCCGGAGCCGGGGCCACCCGGAGUCUCGGCGGGACCAGGCGGCAGGCGAGGACGUGCAGGAGAGACCCGAGGGUCGCUGCCGGCAGGGUCGCUCUGCCCUGGCGUUCCCCGCCACCAGGCCUUCACCCGCACCCAGCUCCCCGCACGCCUGGACAGCUCCUGCCACCCGCCGCGCGAUGGCCCUGCCCCAGAUGUGUGAUGGGAGCCGUGUGGCCUCCACCCUCCGCUAUUGCAUGACGGUCAGCGGCACAGUGGUUCUGGUGGCUGGGACACUGUGCUUCGCUUGGUGGAGCGAAGGGGAUGCAAGCACCCAGCCUGGCCAGCUGGCCCCACCGACGGACUACCCGGUGCCCCGGGGCCCCAGCCCCCUGCUCAGGUCGGUCAGCUUCGUCUGCUGUAGUGCAGGUGGCCUGCUGCUACUCAUUGGCCUGCUGUGGUCUGUCAAGGCCAGCACCCGGGGGCCACCCCGAUGGGACCCUUACCACCUCUCCAGAGACCUGUACUACCUCACUGUGGAGUCCUCAGAGAAGGAGAACUGCAGGACCUCCAAGGUGGUUGUCAUCCCCACUUAUGAGGAAGCCGUGAGCUGCCCACUGGCUGAGGGGCCACCUGCAUACCCUACAGAGGAAGCCCCGGAGCCAUGUGCCUCGGGGGAUGCCCUGCUGGGCACACAGCCCCCCUGGCCUCCGCCCAGCUAUGAGAGCAUUAGCCUUGCUCUUGAUGCCAUUUCUGCAGAGACAACAGCAAGUGCCGAACGCGCCUGCUCAGGCCUGGCUCAGACUGCAGCGGGGGGAAGUUAAAGGCUCCUACCGGGCCCUGAAUCCAGAGUCAAAAGUGCUGUGCCUCUCCGGAGCCUAGUGCAGUGCCUGGGACACAGUAGGCACUCAACAAAUGUUUGUUCGAAGGCUGUUCUAUUUAUCUAUUCCUGUAUAACAAGCCACCCACAAUUUAGUGACUUAAAUCCCAUUUUAUG